AUGGAGCUGAUCACCAUCCUCGAGAAGACCGUGUCUCCGGAUCGGCUGGAACUGGAAGCGGCGCAGAAGUUCCUGGAGCGUGCGGCCGUGGAGAACCUGCCCACGUUCCUUGUGGAACUGUCCAGAGUGCUAGCAAAUCCAGGAAACAGUCAAGUUGCCAGAGUUGCAGCAGGUCUACAAAUCAAGAAUUCUUUGACAUCAAAAGAUCCAGAUAUCAAGGCACAAUAUCAGCAGAGGUGGCUAGCAAUUGAUGCUAAUGCUCGACGGGAAGUCAAGAAUUAUGUUUUGCAGACUUUGGGCACAGAAACCUACCGGCCUAGCUCAGCCUCGCAGUGUGUGGCUGGCAUUGCUUGUGCGGAGAUCCCAGUGAACCAGUGGCCAGAACUCAUUCCUCAGCUGGUGGCCAAUGUCACAAAUCCCAACAGCACAGAGCAUAUGAAAGAGUCAACAUUGGAAGCUAUUGGUUACAUUUGCCAAGAUAUCGACCCAGAGCAGCUACAAGAUAAAUCCAAUGAGAUUCUGACUGCCAUAAUUCAGGGGAUGCGGAAAGAAGAGCCCAGUAAUAAUGUGAAGCUAGCAGCUACUAAUGCACUGCUGAACUCAUUGGAGUUCACCAAAGCCAACUUUGACAAAGAGUCCGAAAGGCACUUUAUUAUGCAGGUGGUUUGUGAAGCCACACAGUGUCCAGAUACGAGGGUUCGAGUGGCUGCCUUACAGAAUCUGGUGAAAAUAAUGUCCUUGUAUUAUCAGUACAUGGAGACAUAUAUGGGUCCUGCUCUUUUUGCAAUCACAAUCGAAGCAAUGAAAAGUGAUAUUGAUGAAGUGGCCCUACAAGGGAUAGAAUUCUGGUCCAAUGUGUGCGAUGAGGAAAUGGAUUUGGCCAUUGAGGCUUCAGAGGCAGCAGAACAAGGACGGCCCCCUGAGCACACCAGCAAGUUUUAUGCCAAGGGAGCACUACAGUACCUGGUUCCGAUCCUCACACAGACGUUAACUAAACAGGAUGAAAAUGAUGAUGACGAUGACUGGAAUCCCUGCAAAGCAGCCGGGGUGUGCAUCAUGCUUCUGGCCACCUGCUGUGAAGAUGACAUUGUUCCCCAUGUCCUCCCCUUCAUUAAAGAACACAUCAAGAACCCUGACUGGCGGUACCGGGAUGCAGCAGUGAUGGCUUUUGGCUGUAUCUUGGAAGGACCAGAGCCCAAUCAGCUCAAACCACUAGUUAUACAGGCUAUGCCCACGCUAAUAGAAUUAAUGAAAGACCCCAGUGUAGUUGUUCGAGAUACAACUGCGUGGACUGUGGGCAGAAUUUGUGAACUGCUCCCUGAAGCUGCCAUCAAUGAUGUCUACUUGACUCCCCUGCUGCAGUGUCUGAUUGAGGGCCUCAGUGCCGAACCCAGAGUGGCUUCAAAUGUGUGCUGGGCUUUCUCUAGCCUGGCGGAAGCUGCUUAUGAAGCUGCAGACGUAGCCGAUGAUCAGGAAGAACCAGCUACCUAUUGCUUGUCGUCUUCUUUUGAACUCAUAGUUCAGAAGCUCCUGGAGACCACGGACAGACCUGAUGGACACCAGAACAAUCUGAGGAGUUCUGCAUAUGAAUCUCUGAUGGAAAUUGUGAAAAACAGUGCCAAGGAUUGUUACCCUGCUGUUCAGAAAACUACUCUAGUCAUCAUGGAGCGACUUCAACAAGUACUUCAGAUGGAGUCACAUAUCCAGAGCACAUCCGACAGGAUCCAGUUCAAUGACCUUCAGUCUUUACUCUGUGCAACUCUUCAGAAUGUUCUCCGGAAAGUGCAACAUCAAGAUGCUUUGCAAAUCUCUGAUGUCGUCAUGGCUUCCCUGUUAAGAAUGUUCCAAAGCACGGCUGGGUCAGGGGGAGUUCAAGAGGAUGCUCUAAUGGCAGUUAGCACACUAGUGGAAGUGCUGGGCGGCGAGUUCCUGAAGUACAUGGAGGCCUUCAAACCCUUCCUGGGCAUCGGGCUGAAGAACUACGCCGAGUACCAGGUCUGCUUGGCAGCGGUGGGCUUGGUGGGAGACCUGUGCCGCGCACUGCAGUCCAGCAUCCUGCCUUUCUGCGACGAGGUGAUGCAGCUGCUGCUGGAAAACUUGGGGAAUGAAAAUGUCCACAGGUCUGUGAAGCCACAGAUUCUGUCAGUGUUUGGUGAUAUUGCCCUUGCUAUUGGUGGAGAGUUUAAGAAAUACCUAGAGGUUGUAUUGAAUACUCUUCAACAGGCUUCCCAAGCCCAGGUGGACAAGUCAGACUAUGACAUGGUGGAUUAUCUGAAUGAACUGAGGGAAAGCUGCUUGGAGGCCUAUACCGGAAUUGUCCAGGGAUUAAAGGGAGACCAGGAGAACGUACACCCGGAUGUGAUGCUCGUACAACCCAGAGUAGAAUUUAUUCUGUCUUUCAUUGACCACAUUGCGGGGGAUGAGGAUCAUACGGACGGAGUAGUAGCUUGCGCUGCUGGACUGAUAGGGGACUUAUGUACAGCAUUUGGGAAGGAUGUCCUGAAAUUAGUAGAAGCUAGGCCAAUGAUCCAUGAACUGUUAACUGAAGGACGGAGAUCGAAGACUAACAAAGCAAAAACCCUUGCUACAUGGGCAACAAAAGAACUGAGGAAACUGAAGAACCAAGCUUGGUAA